CCCCAGAAACCCAAACCAGCCUCGGUCGACUCGAGCACGAAGCUGACGCGCUCGCUGCCCUGUCAGGUCUACGUCAACGCCGGCGAGAACCUGAAAACAGAUCAAUGGCCGCAGAAGCUGAUCAUGCAGCUCAUCCCGCAGCAGCUCCUGACCACGCUGGGCCCUCUCUUCCGCAAUUCCCGAAUGGUUCAGUUCCACUUCACCAACAAAGAUUUGGAAUCGCUGAAGGGUCUUUAUCGCAUUAUGGGCAACGGCUUCGCGGGCUGCGUGCACUUCCCGCACACGGCGCCGUGCGAGGUGCGGGUGCUGAUGCUGCUCUACUCCUCCAAGAAGAAGAUCUUCAUGGGCCUCAUCCCCUACGACCAAAGCGGCUUCGUCAACGGCAUCCGCCAGGUCAUCACCAACCACAAACAGGUCCAGCAGCAGAAGAUCGAGCAGCAGCGCACCUUGGGGGGCUCAGCCCCCCAAGUGCCCGGCGCCCCCCCCUCCUUUCUGCCCAAGCAGCCGGGGACCCUCCCCGUGGCCUCGGGGGUGCAACCGCAGCUGGCGGGGCCGCAGGUGAGCCCCAACUUGGGCUCCGUUGGGAUCCUGGAGGAGCAGCAGCGGCAGCAGAGCCUGUUGCAGCUGCGGGCGCAGCAGGCAGCAGCAGCAGCGACGCAGCAGCAGGCGCAGCCGCCCCCCCCCCCCAGCCAGGCCGCCGCGGGGGGGGCACUGCUGCGCCCCCAAAACCCCGGAGCGAACCCCCAACUGCGCAGCCUCCUGCUGAGUCAGCAACCGCCUCAGGGGGGGGUCCCGCACCACCUCGCCCCCCCCCCCGCGCAGCCGCUGCUGCCCCCCCCCACGCUGGGCCAGGGGCAACUGCCCCCCCCCCUGCUGCACCCCCCCCCGGGGCAGCCCUGGCCGGGGCAGCUGGGGCCCCCCCGCGCCCCCCUGCCAGGGCAGAUGCUGUUGCCCCCCGGCCCGCGGGGCCCCGUGGCGCAGCCGGGGCUGCAGGCGCCCAGCGUGAUGGAGGAGGACAUCCUGAUGGAUCUCAUCUAA